AUGUUAUUGGAUAAGAAGCAGAAAAUAUAUCCCUUCAAGGCGAGCAGCAAGCAAUCAGAGUUGAUGAAGGUGCGUGGGAUGUCCCAAGCACUGUCGCAGAUCACAGCGGUAAAAGGUCGCGAGCAGGUAUUACUUAUUGACGACUUUACGUCCAUGGAAUCACACAAGGUCAAGGUGGCGCAGACUGCCAGGGUCAUCAGCUACUGCAUCAAGCGAGCGGAUCCUAACAAUAUGGAGCUUUACUUCGCCUCGAAUGUGUUCAAUCAUCAUCAGUGCAAGACUAGUACCGAUGUUGAAAGCAUCAUCAAGAGGCACAAGUUCGCUGAUGGGCAAUGUCCUAUGGGACAUUGUCUCUCGAGCAUUCUUAACCAUAUUUGGACGACCCUCGGGCCUAGCAGCAACCCUAUCAGCAUCUACGUGUUGACGGACGGGAUUUGGGAGACAAACGACGAUCAUAUCGGCCGAGUGAUUGCGGGAUAUGCCAGAAAGCUCAUGGAGAAUAAGAUCUUCCCACCGAGUAUCAUGAUACAAUUCAUUCGGUUUGGAGAUAGCCCUAUGGGGUAUAGACGACUGAAGCGCCUGGAUGAUAAUCUUGUGGAGGGGUUCCAACUUGGAGACUAUGACAUAGUGGAUACCAAGAAUGGUGACGAUCAUGUAAGCGACAUCCUCCUGGGAAGUAUAUCCAGGAAUGCCGAUGCUACAGAGAGAGGGUCAACGCCGGUGACCGGAGGUGUUCAUUUAGAGUAA